GUAACGGUAAACUGAUUGUAGGUUAUGUUUCGUGAAUAAACGUCAACAAUCCUACAAAAAACGCUAAAAACGCUAUAGGAUGUUUAAUUUUUGGUCCAAACCCGAUCCUAAAGAGGAACAGAGGCAAGUUGAUAGAAAUUUGAGAAAAGUUGGUAGAGAUAUCGAACGUGAUAGACGCGAGUUGGAAAGGGAGGAGAAGAAGUUGGAGUUGGAAAUUAAAAAGGCUGCUAAAGAGGGUAACACUGAAGGAUGUCGCCUAUUAGCCAAACAAUUAAUACAACUACGCAAGCAGAAAAACCGUACUUUCCAGGCCGGCAGCAAGGUUCAGGGCAUUGCAUUUCAAAACAAAGCCAUGGGGGCUAACGUGAAGCUAGCCGACGCUAUGGGGGUGGCAGGGAAAACCAUGUCGGACAUGAAUAAGCUUAUGAAACCUGAGCAGCUAGCUGCAACUGUGAAUGCUUUUACCAAGGAGAAUAUGAAGAUGGAGAUGACAGACGAGAUGAUCAACGAUACCUUGGAUGAUAUGUUGACUGAAUCUGGGGAUGAGGAGGAAAGCGACAACAUUGUCAGUCAAGUCUUGGACGAGAUUGGCAUUGAAAUCAGCGGAAAGAUGUCUGGUGUUCGUGUCCCAACCAAUAAAAUUGGAGAAUCCUCAAAGUCAAAUCAAUUAACUGAUGAUGAAAUUGAAGCCCAAUUGGCAAAAUUAAAAGCCUGAUUAUUAAAAACACUAUUAUUAUACUCCACAGCUUUAUACAACAACAUUGUUAUAUUUUUAUAGGUUAGAAAG